AUGUCGGCAAAUGUAUCUCGGCUUCUUGCUUUUGAGAAUGCCGCAUUAAUAUGCCGACAUAAGAAGCCAGGUAUCUUGACCCUGAUGGCAGGCAAUGGUGCUAUUCUGACUCUCGCUCGAAAUUGGGAGAGGGAACAUGGAAAAGUGGCUAGUGGAACUUCGGCUUUGGUUAACGUUUACGGGGAUUUACAGAACAGUUCUAUAAAUGGGAAUGUGACGAAUAUCUCAACUGCUAAACGCAAUAAACGUUCAUCAAAAGUCGAAAGAGACGAGGAGGAAUCUUCCUCUUCUACUAGAAUGAUGCUUAGGGAGAUAAAAAGAGUCUGUUACACCGAAGCAGAAACAGAUUCCGAUUCUUUUGAAGAGGAGCCUAAGAGGGCAAGUAGCCAUUCAGAAUCUCCACAACCUGUACCCAGAACACCACCACAAAGACCUCUGGAUUUGAGUUUGUUGAUGACGACGCCUAAUAAACGACCACGAAGAAAGGAAGUUCAACAAUACUCUGAAGAUAUUUGUGUAAUAUGUGCAUUUGAUAAACCGAUUUCAGAGUUGACUUUAGAAAUCGGCGAGGAUCUCGCUAAGGAAUUAUGCACUAUACGCGAUAUCAACCCUAAAGUGUGGACAUCCGAUCUAGAAAACUAUAUUGACACUGCCCUUAAGAAUGUCGGAAAAAAAUUUAAAGCCGCCGUAUUAGUUGAAGUUCCAGAUGAACUCUUCCGAUUAUAUUGUGAAAAAAAAUCCUGUGAGCCGAAAAAUAGGGGAACACAAAUUUAUUAUAAAUCAAAUUUCAUCGAUCAUGAAGCAACAUUUUUGGAUAUUGAACUCGACUGGAUAGAAAGUCACGCGCGAUCUGCGAAAUUAAUGAAAUCCGCCACCAACUCGGGAAUCGUUAAAGUAGAUUCCAAAGCAACGCGAUAUUAUGAUGGCUUGGAUAUAUGGCACAUGGAAGUGGCUGGGGGACCAUAUAAUACUACUGAUAUACACACGAUAGGUACCCGAAUAACACUCUAUUCUUUAAACAUGCUUCCUGACGGACGAUUCCUUUCAGCAGAACUUGCUACUGCUUUGAUUCCUUUUAGUUUUAAUGGUCGGCAUCAGUAUAAGGCUAUUUUUCGGAUGAUGGCGAUCUUUCAUGACGAGUUAUCAAAGCAGGAGGAGUUAAUCAAUGGAUCUGUACUUCGAUCAAAGGAGGUGACGGUCCGCCAUGUGUUGAAGAUACCCGAAGGAAUGUUUGAUGAAUGA